GGGCAUUAUUAGGGCAUCUUUCUUCACUACAAGCAUCUUCGGUCUUGAUCCUCAGCAUCUAUGAAAGAUCCACCGUUCAACUUGUCAAGAUCCAAUGGCUCACCAUCUAUCUCUCUUCAGAUCCAUCCAACGGCUAAGAUUCAAUCUCUCCCCAUACUAAUCCUCUCUUUCUUUCUCCCUUUAUAUAACCACUGAUUCAAUCUUCUUCGUUAGGAUAUAAUAAAAACAUUUCAGAAAUGGCGACUUUGGAUUCUCCGUUAGAGGUUUUGGCUUUCGACUACGUUAACUUCGUCUUUAACAAUCUUUGGACAUGGAUCGCCGUCGUGACGGCCGCCGUUAGUUUCUGGCGGAUCCGAGCCACUACCACUACCACCACCAGCGGAGGUGGUAGAGACAAUGGCUUAAUAGAUGAAUCUUUUCUUGAGCCACCAAAACCACAAGCGACAAAGGCUGCUCUCCUUAUGGAGACGAAACCUCCUAGAGUCAAGGUAACGGAGACUGAGGAUUGGAGUUUGUUGUUGUGUAAGGACGGAGUAACGAAGGGGAAGCUAACCGUGUACUACGAAGAAGAGAUUGACGGAGAGAGAGAAGAAGAUGACGGAGAGACAACGGCCGUUAAGUAUGGAGGAGGUGAGAGUGGAGAAUGGUGGGAGAGAUGGGAGAGAGUGGUGAAGAUGAGAAAUGGAGAUGAAGGUUGGUACCGUUACGUGGAUUUAACGGUGAUUAACGGAAAUGUUGUGAGGUUGUGGGAUGCUAACCGUGUACGUAACGGUGGUUGGGUUAGUGUGCAACGUAAGGAGUGUUAUGGUUGAGACAUGUUGGGGACAAGUAUAAUUUUCUAAUUUAAGCAUAUGAUUAUUCAUUGAACCUUUUUGGUUUAAAGACUAUUUUUGUUGAAUUAAAGUUGUAAUGUGUAUAUAUAUUUUAGUGAUAUAACUAUGAUCAUUGUUGAAUAAAGAAGAACAAAUUCCCUUUCAUGUUUUUUUUUUUUGUUUUUGAUU